AUGCCCAAAGCUAUUGGGUACCCGGGCUCGUCUGACAAUGAACCCCGAACCCGGCGGUUCUGGACCAAAGCCGAGGACGCCUCGCUUCGGUCCGCCAUCCAUAAAGUCGAGGGGAGCAUCACCGGUCAGCCCAGUCACUGGUGCCUGAUUGCAGAGCAGGUGCCAGGGCGCACCAACAAGGACUGCCGCAAGAGGUGGUUUGGGAAGAUGGAGCGGGCGGUGAAUCGGGGAAAGUGGUCACCCGAAGAAGACCACUUGCUCCUGAAGACGGUCCAGACAUACGGAACCUCAUGGUCUUUGGUUGCAUCUAUCGUGAAGGCGCGAAGCGUGGAUCAAUGCGCCAAGCGAUGGACGGACGUGGUCAACCCCGAAAUAGAUCACUCGCCCUGGAACCCUGAGGAGGAUCAAUUGCUCCUGAAGGGAGCGAAAGAACAUGGUCACACAUGGGCGGAAAUUGCGCUUGUGUCUUUGCCGCGUCGCAGUGGUAUGGCGGCCAAGAAUAGAUACCAUGUAUUGCGAAGAGCCGAGAAGAAAAUGGAAAAGAAGAAAGCGGGGCAAAAGAGCGCCCCUGCUCUAGUUGGACCGACAACAUCGUCUACCGAGCAAACGGACGAAACCACUCUCCCUCAGUCGACCCCAUCGUGCUCUGCCCAAAGGAACCACCAACCACUCACCACUCACCAUGUUGCCACUGGGAGGAGGAAAAAGGCAGCAAGCUCGCCAACGUUUGCUUCGCUCCCCCAGUCGAGUCGUCCAUCCCUCCAUGCUGCCGCAGACCACGUCAGGUAUGACGACCGACUCCCACAACCCCACUACCAGACUAGUCAAGAACGGCUCACGUACCCUGCUCAUACCGCGUUUAUCAAGCGAACGACCAGACCGCUACCGGAUCUUCCCUACUUCGAAGCAGUUGGCGAGACGUCGACGGUCACGAUCGAUAUGGUCGACACGGCUAUCACGCUCCACCUGCGGUGGCUACACCUUCCCACUGUGCCCUCCCCACACCGCCGGUCUCUUUCCCUCUCCCAUAUGGCUCAAGCCCGCCCCAGCAGCACGCAGGUACUAGUAGCGCGUACUGGGCAGCGGUGUUACCCGCCGAUAAUCGACUACCGCCUCCCAGGGCACCCGAACCCUCCUUGUCAAGGCCGUCGUACCCCUCACGCUACCAACCGAGCUCAUCCAACCAACCGAGCUCAUCCUCCAUUCCCUACCAGAGGACAUCAUAUCCCGGCUCCUCCUAUUAUGUAA